AUGACCCUCGAUUACAACGCCGCUGGGGGAGACGCGCUGCUGGACCUGACUUCGUUCGAUCACCACCGGGACCAUUAUCCCUACACCACCGCUGCCCCGGGCACCAAUCCCGUCUUAUCGGCUGCUACUACAAUGGCGCCCACUUGUCCGCCGCCAGGAGCCUGGUCGAUGCCGAUGGAGAUGGCACACAACCGGAACUCGAGCAAUGUGUCGUCCCCGGGCGAGUCCCAGCAUUCGCAGUCGCACUCGCCCGCCCAACCGCAUGCGAGUCCUCUGCAACACUCGCCCUAUCAAACAACUGCUGUUUCCCAGGCCGGCCCUUCGCCCCCUCUUCUGACUGACUGGACCCUACUUCAACACCAGCAGCAACAUCCUCCUGUGCAGGAACUCUCCCAUUUCAACGGCUUGAUACCCUUCAACCCUUUCACCGCCGGUUUCCAGACCAACGCCAUCGAGUAUCUGCCAGCAACUACCCAGACCGCGCUCGAAUCAGGAAUUCCAAUGGAACAGAGCUUCAACAGCGUCUCGCCUAUCGAGGAUGCUCGGACUAUGCAGCAGCAGUGGGAGGGAAUGGGAAUGGGCAUGGGAAAUUGGCAAGACUUCGGCACCUCGUUGCAGUACCCGGCCGACGGCCUUCCGCGGUUUGGAAGCCUGGGAAGUCAGUCUCCGACUGGAACUUUCCUAGAGGUACUGUCGCUGCCGGGAUCGAGUGAGAAUGGCUGGACCCAGGUCGAGAUGUACCAGAACUACGAGACUUAUCAGCACGCUCACCACCAGGCCCACGCUCACGCCCAGAAUACGACGGCAAUAUUCAACCCAAGCCAGACGUUACAUCUGAGGACGAACUCGGAUGCUUCGCAUUCGGAUGGCAGUGGCCAGCCUGUCGAGUUCAGCAGCAGCAGUUACGAAGAUGUGUCGUUCAAUUACUCACCGUUCUCACCAGAGUCUGAUACGUACUCGGAUCCCUCGAGUCACCGCAACUGUUUCCACGGCGAGAGCCACCAUUCUCACGAGAACAUCAGCCCGGCUGCAGCCGUCGCCCCGAUGCCGAUCAAGACUUCGCCUAUCGCUACCCGCCCCAGCCCUGCCAGCGGAUCUGGAGUUGCCUCACCAACGCAUACCACCGCUCGAAGGAACUCGGGUCCCAAGAAGAGCCCCAUUGCCAAGUCGACCAAAUCGGUCAUCAGACGUACUUCCAAUGGAAAGAAGGAGGGGGCGGCUGAGAAGAAGGUCGGACGCAGAAAGGGUCCUCUUCGCCCCGAGCAGCGGAAGCAGGCCAGCGAGAUUAGAAAACUCCGUGCCUGUCUUCGAUGCAAGUUUCUCAAGAAGACUUGCGACAAGGGCGAGCCAUGUGCUGGUUGCCAGCCAUCACAUGCUCGACUUUGGCAGGUCCCUUGCACGCGCAUUGAUAUCAAGGACAUCGGCUAUUUCAUGAAGGAUUGGAAGGCCGACUACGAGCGACACCUUGGUCGCGGUGUCUCUGUCUACAACGUCAAGGGCUUCGCACCGAAGGAAAACUUGAUGUGGAUCACGCAUGGCUAUGGUUUCUGCCUGCCCGUCAUGGUUCGCGAGGUGUUCGUUGCAGACGACAGCUGUUUCCAAGUCGACUGGGUCGAGUCGUACCAGGUUGACCAAGAGCCAAUCGAGUUCGAACUCAAGACUGAGAAGCUCGACGUCGGAGAAGGAGGCAUCAACAUGGAAGCCCUGGCCGAGUACCUGGACAAGCACAUCGAGAGCGGCUUCGAAAACUUCAUUGAUGAUCACUUCGAGGGAACGCCUUUCAUCACCGAGAUCCUCAAGACUGCCUACCGGUUCUACACCAAGGAGAAACUGCCCGUCAUCCGCAAGGCACUCAAGCUUGUCUUGGCCUACAACCUCACAAUGCACAUCACCCUAGUUGAGCAACAAGGAUCCGAGCAAACUCUGGAUGGCCAGAUCGAUGAUGAGGACUCCAAGUACUUCGGGAAGUACGUCGCUCCUGUCAUGAUCAACUUCCAGAUCAAGUGUGCGAUGGCGGACAUGUGGCGUGAGCUGCAGAAGGACAUUCUUGAGGAGCUCUCGUCGCUGUACUCUAGUGUAUACAGCGGUGACCGCCUCAAGAACUGGCCCACGAUCUUCAUGUUGGCUUCCAUUCUAUUGGCCGUCUGGGAGGAGAUGCAGUUUGAUUGCCACUACCGGGUACCCGACCCCGUCGCUGUCAACCACUUUUGCAAUGAAAUGGAAUCCACCCCGGUUGGAGUGAUUACUGGUCUCUUCCAUGCCAUCUCCCAAAAGCUUCCCUCCUUGAUAGACUGGGAUAGCCAGCGACAUGGUCACCUACUGAACAACAAUGUUGCUGUUUGCGAAGCCAUGACGGAAGUACGACAGCAUGUCUUGAAGCAUGAAUCCUACCUCCGUACAAGACAUACUGCGAAGUUUGACAGAUAUGAUUUCGAUUCCUUAUCGAAUAAGUUUCUGUCAAAGUUGGUCAUCAAGGCCAACAGCUGA